AUGCCGGGACCAGUCAGAUUCGUAUGGCAUAAUCCUUCAGUCGGGCACGGCCAAGGUACAAAAGACCUGUCCACUCGAUAUCUCACAUCCAACUGCCCCGGCCUAACACGUCUUCUACUCAUCCUCGCUCUUCCUCCUGUGGCAAUUGGAUACGGCAUCCAUAGAGGCCUUAGCGCGCUCGAGGCACAAUAUCCCCCUCUUCCUCUUGAGCCAACAACUAGCAUCGCUCUUCGCACUCCACGGAACCCCGAAACUCAGUUUUGUGCAUAUACCGAUAUAUAUGCGGCUCGCGUACCAGUCAAAGCACUGCUGCCCCGAGCUCAAGUGACAGACGGCGUUUCUGAUCAGCUUAAAAGUACAAACUUCGAAAUCACUAGUGCGUGGGCUCGGGCGUUCAUAGGCAACAAAAUUCUCCGCACAGAAGGUAGCCUUGUUGGCCUUCUGGCUAAAGGAAAGUUUUCUCCAGGGGACACCGGCGAUACCCCUGCGGGAUUUGCAUCGCCUGAUGCGUCGGGAGAACCCCGUUCGCUUCUGAAUGGUGUGCUGGUUGUGGAGCGGCCGCCGUCGGAGGAUGAUAGGGAUGGGCUACUGGUUUCCUGGCGUAUGUCGGAUGAACCCCGUCGGUUCUUUGAGAAGAUCGCUCGCUGGGGGUAUCCGUGGCGGUUGCUGUCUGGUGGUCGUCAUGAGUUGAGCGUUUCGGAGCCCUCUGAUGGGGUGCGGUUUGCUUCCGCUCAUGACUACGAGAUCGUACCUGAGGAAGGAGAUCUGCAGCAUCAGAAGACGAUUCCCGGGUGGACGGGGAGACUUCAUCGGGGCUAUGCUCGGCUCUUGCUUGAUUGUGCUGUGCGAGAGCUGAAAAAGGAGUAUGAGAAGACUGGAAGCAGAUUGUAACCUGCUGAGACUGCAGGUAAGUAUGUUGGCUUCGUCUUAAAUCUUCAUUGCUCAAUCUACAUUAUAUAUACAUGAUCGCCGGUCUAUCGGGUUCAGUGUCUCUACCUGCGGCCUCUGUAUAUACUAUUAGCCAUAUUGAAG